AGCUCCGACUUAUGGGUCAUUGGAAACGUGCCCGGAACAAAAAAUCUCAGCAUUGAGACUGAAGUAACUUAUGCGUCUGGCUCAGCAAAAGGGUUUAUUAAUACAGCCGAAAUGGUCUUUGACGAUUUCACGGUCAAAGACCAGGCAUACAUUAAUGUCAUUCCGAGCUCUGAUAAUCCCGACACCCAGGGUCUCAUUGGUUUGGGACCAGCUUCCCUCUCGAACAUCCGUUCGAAAGUCAAGAGUUCCUCUGGUGCACCUCCGCUUGACCGGAUCUUCCGCCAAAAUACGUCAACGCCCAACUUCAUUUCCGUCCUUCUCACUCGCGAGACUGAUGCAAACCCCGGAGGCACGUCGCCGCAGGCAGGACAGCUGACUAUCGGAUCAGUCAUUCCGACGCUGGAGGAUGUUACGAAACAAAAGAAGCUGCCGGCCUUGCAGGAUCAGUUCGGUAUUCAACAUUGGCAGACACUGCUUGACGAGAACGGGAUCAUCGGGCCUGAUAGCAAGAACAUAACGACGAAUACAUCCAUUCCUGACCCGGCGCAGGGCAAUGCACACCAGUUCCACGUCAUCUUCGACACAGGGUUCACUUACCCUCAAGUUCCUAGAGAAAUUGCUGAUGCUAUCUAUGGUCGUGUACCGGAUGCGGUGUUUGUUCCUCAGCAGGGUACACCGGGUUACUGGCGAGUACCUUGCGACUAUGAGUUGAACGUUACUUUUUCGUUUGGUGGUGUCAAGUAUCCGAUUUCACCUUUGGAUUUGACUACGCCUGAGCAAACUGACUCCUCUGGAAAGGCGAAAACGUGCAUGUCAACUUUCCAACAAAUUGCACCAUCUGUGGCAGAUCACCAAAACUUCGGGGCAUUUGACGCAAUCCUCGGUAUGGCGUUUUUGCGCAACACCUACUUAUUAAUUAACUUCGGCGACUUCGUCGACGGCUCAAACUCCUCCGUCGCAGACCCCUACAUCCAACUCCUCUCCGUCACCGACCCAGGCUCAGCACACACAGACUUUGUCAACGCACGCCUAGGCGGAGUCGAC